UUCAGCCCACUUAGAGAGGGUUGCGAUCCAUGUCAAUAUUGGGCCUAGAGGAGACCCCAGCCUUUUCUCCAUCAGGCCCUUUCUUUGACUGUUCUGUUCUGUCCAGUCUCAUCAAGAAACACAGAAACGAAACCAUCCCUUCAAUCAGCUCCACCCUCCAUCCUCCACCCUUGUGUAAUGCGUUUCUCUCUUUGCCUCUCACUCUUUUCCUGAACAGCAAAAUGGGCAAAGAUCGAAAUGGCAGCGUUCAAGAGAGAAGAAGCAAAAGCUCAGAGAAAGAGGAUGAAAACGAAAGAAAAUCCGAGAAAGCGAUAGAACAUUCCGAUUCCCAGUCCGAAGAAGAUAGAAAACGCAGAAAAUCCAGAAGGAAAGCACGGGAAAGCUCCGAGUCAAGUGAUGAAAAACGCGUGAGGAGCGAUAGAAGAAAGAGGAGAUCGCGGAGGCGGUACAGUAGCGAGUCGGAUUCGGAUUCGGACUCCAAGUCGGAGUCGGAGGAGAGCGGCUCGGAUUCGGCGUCGGAGAGUGAGAGCGAGAGCGAAAGUGAUAGUGACAGGAGGAGGAAGAGGAAGAGGAGGAAAGAGAAAGACGAUGACAGAGAAAGGAAGAGGAGAAGAAGAGAGAAGGAGAAGAAAAGGAGAAGAGAGGAAGAGAGGAAGAAGAAGAAGGAGAAGAGAAAGAAGAAGAGGAAGGAAAAGAAGGAGAAAGGAAAGAAAGGAGCUGUCACUAAUUCAUGGGGGAAGUAUGGGAUCAUUAGAGAAACUGAUAUGUGGAACAAACGACCAGAGUUCACUGCAUGGUUGGCAGAAGUAAAACAGGUGAACCUGGAACAUCUGCCAAAUUGGGAAGAGAAGCAGAUGUUCAAACAGUUCAUGGAAGAUCACAACACAGCUACCUUCCCUUCCAAAAAGUAUUAUAGCCUUGAUGCUUAUUACAGGCAUAAAUUGGAAAAGGAAAUAAAAAAAGGUUAUAAAAAGGUUGGGCAAACAGAACGUACUGUAUUCAAUGAUGAAGAACAGCGACGGCAAGAAAUGAUGCGAGUGCGUGAAAAGCAAAAGGAAGAAGAAGUAGAAGCUCUGAAGCGCUCUAUGCAGAGUGGACUGGCACAAGCAAUGAAAGAGCAAGCUCAACUCAGGGAAGAGAUGGCUUACCAGUAUAAGAUUGGAAACUUUGAGGCUGCUGCUGCCAUUCAGAGAAGGUUAGACCCUGAUGCUGCUGUGUGAAAAUGGGUCGCUAUAAUUCAGGAAUUUAAUCCUGUCAUGUUUCUACCAUCAGCAGCAAAUUGCUUUCGUUCUCCUAAUUUAAGUGCAUACGAAUCUAGCUAGACUGAAUUACUAAAUGUACCCUCUGUAGCGGUUGUCCACUGCAGCCAGAAUGUCAUACUUUCUAGGUGGUUAUAUUUUCUGACCAAUUUCUCCUUAGCGGCUCGGUAAGUUUUGCAGAUACAUAGGAAAUGAUGUAUUUUAUUUACUGAUUUAUUAGCAGAUUGAUCAUGAAAGUCACCAACUCCUUUAUGCUCAUGAGAAAUGCCAA